AUGAGAUCUCCCUGCCCAGUGUCCAGAGUCCAACUUGGCCAGUUGGGUCAGUGGUUUGGUCAGGGUUAUUCUUGGUCCUGUUCUCUAGCUGAGGGGCGGAGCGAGUCUCCUGUCCCCUCCUCUCUAAGCUUAGAAGCACCCUGUUCUUCCCUGCAGAGGCCACGUGGGCAUCCUGGGCGGAUGAACCUCCUCCCUUCUCCCCACUUCCAGGCUGGGACUCUCCCUGGCAGCUCUGCUGUUGGCAUCACAAACGAGAGCUGUUCUAGGAAGCACUUGGGCCUGUUGAGAUCCAGCCCCUCAUCCCCGGGCUGA